CCAGCUAUGGCGCGUACAAAGCAAACCGCGCGUAAGUCCACCGGCGGGAAAGCUCCCCGCAAGCAGCUGGCCACCAAGGCGGCUCGCAAGAGCGCCCCGGCCACGGGCGGCGUCAAGAAGCCCCAUCGCUACCGCCCCGGCACCGUGGCUCUCCGCGAGAUCCGGCGCUACCAGAAGUCGACCGAGCUGCUGAUCCGCAAGCUGCCCUUCCAGCGCCUGGUGCGGGAGAUCGCGCAGGACUUCAAGACCGACCUGCGCUUCCAGAGCUCGGCCGUGAUGGCGCUGCAGGAGGCGAGCGAGGCCUACUUGGUGGGGCUGUUCGAGGACACCAACCUGUGUGCCAUCCACGCUAAGCGUGUCACCAUCAUGCCCAAGGACAUCCAGCUGGCCCGCCGCAUUCGCGGUGAGCGUGCUUGA